AUGCCCCUGGCCUACAUCCGCCGAUGGUUGCGAUUUAGGCGUGUUCGAUCUCCCUCUCUCCUGAAACACAACGAGCUUCGAGUAGACGAUGAAGAGGAUGCGGCUGCGGACGAGACGCGGGAUGUUGACAUCUUGAUUUCCCUAGACGAGACCUUGCAAGACGAUCACCUCGUAGUCUCAAUGCUCGAUUCUCUCAAGCAGCUCUCUGAUCCUCUGCGAUCGCUGGUCAAGUUCAUGAAACACGUUCUCGCGCGCCGCCUACACCAGGACGGGGAACGUCUUGUCGUCCCUUUCUCCGCUAGCCUGUUCAGGCUGAGCGGGCAGCAGUGGUCGCUCAUGGUCAGCGGUCUGGCCGAUGGGCUGACUCAGCAACCCUUGAUACCUGGAACGAGAGCAAUGACACGCCCAGAAGUGGAUGCUCUAUUAAUGAUCCUCUCACCCAGCAAAUAUUCCUAUCCACCCCAUAUCGAACAUAUGGUCACCCAUUGGAUAACUGAUCCCUCUGUAUGCGCGUCAAUGUGCCACAGCCUUUCAUACGGCGAACCUAUCCCCAGAUCUAAUAUGGAGUCACUAAUAGCGACAGUACGCACCUUGGCGGAUAGACAAGUCCUAGAUGGUGCCGAGACCGUGAUUGCGCUAGACCAUGUAGCGCUAUGGUGCAUCUGGAGGCACGCGGGCCCAGAACCCCCUCAAUUUCCGGCGGGCCACUUCACUAUCGUCGGCUCAACGGCCCUAUUGCGCACACAUAUCACUACUCUAGGAUGCCGGACUAUAUCUCAGACUCUCGUCAGCGCGCUGCUGCAGCAGAACAGCAGCCGGCUUCCAUAUGCUGAAGACGCUGAAAUACCUAUGUGGGUCGGCAGGGCUUUAUCGACAUGGUUUACUGUGGUGGAUGUUCUAUCCAUCCAGGGAGGGUCCUGGCUUCACGACUUGAAUGUCGACUUCAAGUGCGUCUUCUCGCGGCUGCUAGCCGCUCCUUCAAGUACCCGCACUCUUUUGCAGUGUCUAGUGGACGCGGAUUGGGAGCUCACGCCCGGUAGUGAGGUUGAGUCGGGGCUUCACAAUGGAUUUACACGUGUCAUCAAAGAGUCUUCUAUGACCGGUAUGUCGGCUCCCGUGUUGCCCCAUGUGCAGAAACCUGAUCCCUAUCUAGAUCAGACUGGCCUCGCGGGCAGCUUACUCGAGAUAUUUAAAGAGCGCACACAGCUGCUGAUGGGAGCCCCAAACUAUCCCCUCGCCGCCCUGGAACGUCUCUGCUAUAUCGCUGUACACCUCCUAGACCCAGACGCUCUUAAAGAUGAAGCCCCUCGAGAAGCAUGGCGCACGUUCUUCUCAUGCAUCGCCCUCACAUUUAAAUCGAUAUGUGGCGUCGAGCCGACAUCCGAAACGAAGCAUCUUGCGGAGCGAUGUUUGCGGCGCAUGCACGUCUUGGACACGACGUCAAAGUGGGGGCUCAUUACUACAGACGACGAAAAGCCGUCAUAUGGGACGUAUUACAAGUUCUGGCUGCGUUCGCCAAAACGGACAGACAGUAUUUUCGAAGACGAUCUGAUCUAUGCGCUCACAGGGAUAAACCCCGACGCCGCACUGUCCGUUGAAUAG